AUGUCGUCGUUCGCCGGCGUAUCCGUCUUGGACGACGGCAUGCUGUGCCCUUCCACCAUGACCUUCGUCAGCACCAGCUCAGACUGCGGGUACCACCUGCUUGUGGUCAAGGGUUACGCUCGUACCAAGGAGACACCCAAUGGUCAAAGCAUCCUCUCUCAUGAUUUCGGGGUGGGAGGCUAUCGUUGGUCCAUCAAGUACUAUCCUAACGGCAUCAUCUCGGAUCGCGCCGACGUCGUCUCUCUCUAUGUGCACCGUCUCGAUGACGACGAUGGCAAGCAUGUGGAAGCCAAGUUUAGCUUUAGUUUCGUCGACGAGGUUGAGUGGCAGAAUCCAGUGUACAUCCGUGGAAUGAAAACAUGCAGCUUCUCCUCCGAUGCCUCUUCUUGGGGCUUCUACAAGUUUAUGAAAAUAGAUGCCCUUGAAAGAUUAAUGAAUCUAGACAAGGAUGACUGUUUCACCAUCCGGUGUGACAUCAUGGUCUGCAACGCCGAGAAUGAUGCCGGUGGCACCCAAGUGCUCCUGCCUGAUAUACACCGUAACCUUAACAACCUCCUUCACAAUAAGGUUGGUGCUGAUGUGACGUUUGAAGUCGGCAGCGAUAUUUUCUCAGCGCACCGAUGCGUGCUUGCAGCCCAAUCUAAGGUCUUCAUGGCACAACUAUUUGGACCCAUGAAGGAGGGAUCUGCCUCGCUCGAUGUCAUACAGAUCAAAGACAUGGAAGCAACAACGUUCAAGGCUUUGCUUAGCUUCAUCUACACUGACUCAUUCCCCGACAUGAAGGAGGAUGAAAUGUCACAAGCUACAGAAGAGGAGGCAGUAAAGUAUGAAAUGUGGCGGCAAUGGCUUCAAAACUUAUUGGUAGCAGCAGAUAGAUAUGACGUCCAAAGGCUCAAGUACAUAUGUGAGAAAGAGUUGUGUAAGAACAUGUGUGUAAGCUCGGUGGCGUCCAUGCUUGUCCUAGCUGAGCAGCACCACUGCCACAGAUUGAAGGAGGCGUGCUUGAAGUUUAUCCAAGUCCAGUCUCCCUCGUGUUUGCAGACAAUAAUCGCGAGCAAAGGUUGGCAGCAUAUAAUCGCGACUUAUCCCUCUGUUCUGAACGAGCUCAUUGCCAAGGUUAUUGCUUCAAACCAGCAGUUAGUCCUGAAGUGA